CUGAUGGGGUCCGGUCUUGUCUGCGGCAGGAAGUCAUCCCAGUUUGCUGUUGCGUGCCCUUUGCUGCUGAUGCUGACUUGCUGUGUUCGGCGUUUCUGUUCCUUUCACAGGAUCCAAACUACUGGAUACAGGUGCACCGGCUGGAACACGGGGAUGGAGGGAUUCUCGACCUCGACGACAUCCUGUGUGACGUGGCCGACGACAAAGACAGACUGAUAGCUGUGUUUGAGGAGCAAGACCCGCACCAUGGCGGGGACGGCACCAGCGCCAGCUCCACCGGCACCCAGAGUCCAGAGAUGUUCGGCAGCGAGCUCGGCACCAACAGCGUCUCCGCCUUCCAGCCUUACCAAGCCACAAGCGAGAUCGAGGUCACCCCUUCCGUGCUUCGUGCCAACAUGCCUCUUCACGUCCGCCGGAGCAGUGACCCAGCGCUCAUCGGCCUCUCCACCUCCGUCAGCGAUAAUAACUUCUCCUCCGAAGAGCCUUCGCGGAAAAACCCCACCCGCUGGUCGACCACCGCAGGCUUCCUCAAGCAGAACACGGCCAGCAGCCCUCCGGCCUGCGACAGGAAGAAAGAUGAGAACUACAGGAGCCUCCCGCGGGACACGAGUAACUGGUCUAACCAGUUUCAGAGGGACAACGCUCGCUCAUCCCUGAGUGCCAGUCACCCGAUGGUGGACAAGUGGCUGGAGAAGCAGGAACAGGAUGAGGACGGGGCGGAGGAGGACAGCAGCCGUGUGGAGCCUGUGGGACAUGCUGACACCGGCGUGGAGAACACACCCAGCUUUUCUCUGGAUGACAUGGUACAGCUGGUGCACGUCCCCAACGAUGGAGGGCCCCUGGGGAUCCAUGUGGUGCCUUUCAGUGCUCGCGGCGGCAGGACCCUGGGGCUGUUAGUAAAGCGACUGGAGAAAGGUGGCAAAGCUGAGCAAGAAAACCUUUUCCACGAGAAUGACUGCAUCGUCAGGAUUAAUGACGGCGACCUUCGGAACAGACGAUUUGAGCAGGCCCAGCACAUGUUCCGCCAAGCCAUGCGCACGUCCAUCAUCUGGUUCCACGUGCUUGAUGUCUGGCGCACCUGUGAAAUCCGAGACAGCUCAUCUUAUUUACCUUUUUUUCCUGUGAUUAACUCAGGCACAGAAGGCUUGGGGUUCAGCAUCACUUCCCGGGACGUCACAAUAGGAGGCUUAGCCCCAGUUUACGUGAAGAACAUCCUCCCCAGAGGGGCCGCCAUCCAGGACGGCAGACUCAAGGCGGGGGACAGGCUCCUAGAGGUAAAUGGAGUCGAUCUAGCAGGCAAGUCCCAGGAGGAAGUGGUUUCCCUGUUGAGAAGCACCAAGAUGGAAGGGACUGUGAGCCUUCUGGUCUUCCGCCAAGAAGACGCCUUCCACCCGAGGGAACUGAAUGCAGAGCCAAGGCAGAUGCAGAUUCCAAAAGAAACGAAAGCGGAAGACGAGGAUCCUGUUCUCACACCCGACGGCACCAGGGAGUUUCUCACCUUUGAAGUUCCGCUCAAUGACUCGGGAUCCGCCGGUCUGGGCGUCAGCGUCAAAGGAAACCGGUCGAAAGAGAACCACGCGGACCUGGGGAUCUUUGUCAAGUCCAUUAUUAACGGAGGAGCAGCAUCCAAAGAUGGGAGGCUGCGGGUCAAUGAUCAGCUGAUCGCAGUGAAUGGGGAGUCCCUGCUGGGCAAGACCAACCAGGACGCCAUGGAGACCCUCCGCAGGUCCAUGUCCACCGAGGGGAACAAGCGGGGCAUGAUCCAGCUCAUCGUGGCCCGGAGGGUCAGCAGGGGUGGCGAGCUGAAGUCACCGGGGAGCCCCUGUGGACCUGAGCUGCCCGUUGAGAUGGUGCUGGAUGACCGGGAACGGAGGAUUUCCCACUCCCUCUACAGCGGGGCCGAGGGGCUGGAUGACCCGCCUACGAGAAAUGCUGCCCUCAGCAGGAUCAUGGGGAAGUACCAGCUGUCCCCCACAGUGAACAUGCCCCAAGAUGACACUGUCAUUAUAGAGGAUGACAGGUUGCCAGUGCUGCCUCCACACCUCUCGGACCAGUCCUCCUCCAGCUCCCACGAUGACGUAGGAUUCGUGACGACAGACCCUGGCCCAUGGGCCCAGGCGGGCAUCGGUGACUCCGCAGACUGCUCUUUGAGUCCAGAUGUCGACCCAGUUCUGGCUUUUCAACGGGAAGGAUUUGGACGUCAGAUAGCUGACGAGACUAAACUCAGUACAGCGGGUGACCAGAAAGCAGGCUCCCCCAGCCGAGACGUGGGGCCGUCCCUGGGUCUGAAGAAGUCGAGCUCUUUAGAGAGUCUGCAGACGGCGGUCGCCGAGGUGACUCUGAACGGGGACAUCCCUUUCCACCGCCCACGGCCGAGGAUCAUCCGAGGAAGGGGGUGCAACGAGAGCUUCCGAGCUGCCAUCGACAAGUCCUACGACAAACCUGCUGUGGACGACGAUGACGAAGGCAUGGAGACGUUGGAAGAAGACACGGAGGAAAGUUCGAGAUCGGGGCGAGAGUCGGUGUCGACGGCCAGUGACCAGCCCUCCCACUCCCUGGAGAGACAGGUGAACGGCAGCCCAGAGAAGACGGACAGGAGAAAGGAGAAAGCGCGCAAGGAGAAGAAAGACAGGGACAAGGAGAAGGAGAAGGCCAAAGCCAAGAAGGGGAAGCUGCGGGGCCUGGGCGAAAUGUUCAGGUUUGGCAAACAUCGAAAAGAUGACAAGAUUGAGAAAACGGGUAGAAUCAAAGCGCGGGAGGCCCCCCCGUCAGAGGAGGAGAGAGCCCGGAUGGCACGCGAGCAGGAGAGGAUUCAAGCCAAAACGCGAGAAUUUCGGGAGCGACAGGCUCGGGAGCGUGACUAUGCUGAAAUCCAAGAUUUCCAUCGGGCGUUUGGCUGUGAUGAUGAGCUGAUGUACGGGGGAGUCUCUUCCUAUGAAGGCUCCAUGGCUCUCAGCGCCAGACCCCAGAGCCCGAGAGACGGGCAUAUGAUGGAUGCUCUGUACGCCCAGGUCAAGAAGCCGCGGAAUGCCAAACCUUCACCUGCAGACAGCAGCCGAUCAGCUCCUAGCAACCACGACCGGAUACAGCGUCUGCGGCAGGAGUUCCAGCAGGCAAAGCAGGACGAAGACGUGGAGGAGCGACGGCGGACCUACAGCUUCGAGCAGCCCUGGCCCAGCCCCCGGCCGGCGGCGCAGAGCGGCAGGCACUCGGUGUCCGUGGAGGUGCAGAUGCAGCGCCAGCGGCAGGAGGAGCGCGACAGCUUCCAGCAGGCCCAGCGUCAGUACAGCUCGCUGCCCAGGCAGAGCAGGAAGAACGCCAGCUCCGUCUCCCAGGAUUCUUGGGAGCAGAACUACUCCCCGGGGGAAGGCUUCCAGAGUGCCAAGGAGAACCCCCGGUACUCCAGCUACCAGGGCUCCCGCAACGGCUACCUGGGCGGCCACGGCUUCAACGCCAGGGUGAUGCUGGAGACGCAGGAGCUCCUGCGCCAGGAGCAGCGGCGCAAGGAGCAGCAGGUGAAGAAGCAGCCCCCUCCCGAGGGGCUCGGCAGCUAUGACUCGUAUAAGAAAGCCCAGGACCCCAGUCACGUCCCCCCCAAGGGGCCCUUCCGGCAGGACGUGCCGCCCUCCCCGUCACAAGUCGCCAGGCUGAACAGACUCCAGACUCCCGAGAAGGGGCGGCCCUUCUAUUCCUGAGCCGGAGGAGAGCGGAUGCUGCGUGUCAUGCAAUAAAGGACAUUUUCCUACGGAGACUUGUCCUGGGGGAGUUUUUUUAAAACCUCGGUGGUACUACGGAAUAUUUCUUGUUGGAAUCAGUGCCUUUAAGCAGCGUGGGCAAUUCAAUGGAAGGCCUUAAUGUCUUUGCCACUCUGUCUCAAGUGUCUGCGUCAUGGAAGGAUUUCCCGCCGUCUGACAAUCACCUGUUCGAGGCAUUCAUAUGCUCUGCAUCUCUUGGGUACCCAGGAUCCUGGCCCAGCCCGUGAGACGCCUAGGGCUUUGGGUACCUCCCUGUACAACUCAUGGUGACAGGUAACCCUGAAGCCGAGGGUGAUGCUGUUCCCUCUUUCCCCUUUAAGUUCCUAGGAUGAGGUGACGUCUCAGUCUCUGGUGGAUGACAGUGGGUGGCAUUCACCAGACACUGGGGCUCCACAGUACUUCCUGGCACAGUGUUUAUAAUCCUUUGUUACCAGUGUGGCUUCCCUUUUCUUUCUCAGCUCCUUGUAACAGGAAAGGUCCUUCAUCUACAAGAAACGAAGCCAUAUUCCAACACUGUCUGGUUAUCAGGGGGGUCCUUUUGUAACUGCCUUAUAACUCAGUGUUACCAAUAAAGUGACCAUUCUGUUUGUGUUUAUAAACACCCUUGCUUAGUCCUGUUCCUCACACACGGGUUGAGUUCCCCACAUCUCUACGUGGGGAACGUGGGAGGCGGGUGUGAGCCCUGGGAGGGAAGGGCCACCUGCCCGUGGGCCAUGUGUGGUGUCACGCCGUGGGGGGUGGUAGUAAGGACAGGAGUCUCCCAGGAUGAGCAUCUGGCCCAGCACACCCAGUGUGUGUUUGACGAGUCAGCAGGAGGUGCACAGCACAGGACAGGGACAGAUACUCCUUUUGGGAUUCCAAAAACACACAUGCUUUCUCUGGUUUUUAAAGUCGCUUGGAAUUGAUGUUUGUCUAUUCAACCACCUGCUGUAUCUCUGCCUGGUGAUGCCAUCCAUGCUUCUAAAUAAUUCUGCCAGGAAACAGAAAAGAUAAGAGGAAAGCCGUUCCACCCCACACAGAACUUUCUGGUGUCCCCAGACAAUGGUAGCAAAAGCUAGCCCUCCUGUCGACACGUUAACGCGCAUACGGGUCAGGAGGAGCCGGGUUGCCAAGGGCUCCCAUGUUCUCAUCUGCUGUCUGAACAUCAUAUUGUACACCCUGGCUGGACUGCUCAAGUGCCUGCCCAUCCCGAUGUGAAAAAAGCUUGAGAUGAAAGCUCAGCAUCCUGUGAACAAAAAAGAGAAGGAAAAAAAAGAGACAUGUACUGAUAUGCCUAAUUUUUUUUACUGGCACGCUAUUUUUGUGUCCAUUUGUUUGUAGAACCCGUGUGAGGUGUCUGUCCCCUACCUGCAUCUGUCUCUUUUGCUCCUCUGUGUGACGGUUCCAUUUGUUUGUAGAGCGUGGUAAUGUUUAAGCGACGUGACCGGUGUCAGCACGGUGACCUCGGAUGACAGCGGCUCUUCCUCACAGCCUCCCCUGUGCUGUGAGAAACAGCUGUCCCUGUACAUGUGAGACGUCCAAUAAAAGGCAUAUUCCUUCCUGUUC